AUGCUGAGCGAGUCUUCAAGACUGAGGUCAAGCAGUACUAGCAGCCUUGAAAAAAUCGAUGAGAUUAGGGAGACAGAUACCGAGGCUGAGCCUUAUGACGAUGAGACCUUUGCAACACCCGGUUUACCAAGAGAAGAGUCGGAGAUCAAGGCGCUCCGGACGGCACUCAGAGAAUGCUGGACGCUUUGCAACACGCUGGCAAACCUGAGCUCAAUUCAUAGAGCUCGUGUCUUCAACAGCUCAGGCCUUCCCGAUGCUCACGAGAAGGCAUGGAUGGCUUGUUGGAGGCUGUGCCAACGACUGUACGACAACAGGGACGAAGACAUUGUGUCUUUUAAUGUGCGCGAGAGUCUAGACCUGUGCCGCGAUUUCUGCCAGUCGCUGUUCGAUGUUCGGCAGAAGAAAGAAGAGAUUGCCGACUCGGUUCUCCGCGUAAGCUUCGAACUCAACAACCACGCCCAAGACAGCCGAAACCUUCCGGAGGAGUUCCGAGAGAGGACUCUGGACUUCUACAUAACCUUGUGCCAUCGGCUGAUGAAGCAACGGAGCGAGUUGGCAGAGGAGACAGACUCUCUACUCAAGGCUUGCUGGACUUUGGCAGAGAUGCUGUUCAGCUUGAGACAAAACAGACGCGACGGCAAAGCUCCCGACGAGGAACUCUUGGGGUCGGCUGUACAGGCUUGCUGGGAUCUGUGCGAUAUUUUCCGAGACGGGUGGACUCAAGUUCGACCGGACCGCAAUACCCCUCGCCCGAGCCAAACAAGCUUCUUUGUCAACGAACAGCCCUCAGGGCGUGAGAGCCGCACCUCGAAUCGUUCCUCCUUGCAUUCGACGCAAAAGAGCCACAAAAGUCUAGUUGAUGAACGGCCCCGCAAACCACCUCCAGUUCCUGAGACUCCAGUUACAGAAUUCGAAGACACCCCGAUCUCGCCUGAAAGCCAGUCGCCCAGAGUGCCCAAUAUCCUUGUACUCGGCACCACAUCCGAAUCAGGCCGCGGCGGCAGGUGGUCUAGCAGCGCAUCAAACCUAUCGUCAUACUCCCAGUCCAGUGCCAAGACUUCGAGUACCGCAACAACGGCGACAGCUGGGGAAGAUAUAAAUGUUACACGCAUCAAAGCGUUGAUGCUGAAAGCAGCCAUGAAUGUCGGCUAUGUUCGCGACCCCACCAAUGACGGCAAGACUGGGACUUCAGCACUACAGUCCUUCGUGAAGCAACUGCCUAACGGAUCGUUCGGAAACAUUCCCUCACAGGCAACACUGCUCCAAAAUUAUCGAAACUCCGUCCUUGGCGAUGCUGCUUUCAGAGGUCCAGCAGCUAUUUUACCCGCCAGGGGCAAAAGGGCCUCAGCCCCUGAUGUCGCCAAGAGUGUCAAUCUCAUGGCACACCGGUCCUCACAAUACAUUUUCCUCAAAGAUUUGUUCCGACUCGUCUUUGGUUUCCCUAUUGAAGAGGCGGAGACAAGAAAGAGCGCUCUGGCGGCGCUCGGCAGCGGCGGCGGGACUGUUGAAAUUCGGAGGAAGGCCCUCUAUAUUACCAUCAUUCGUUUCAUGCGGGACAAGGACUGUCCAUACGAACUAACAUUGACGACUUCCUCAGCGAGCGUUCUUCUAUUCAUGAAUUGGUAG